CUGCGAUGGCGAACCGAGUCUUCAAGGGCAGGCGGGCAGCAGGGCCGGUUCAGGGGUCGGGGUGAAGCAGGGGCACGUUUGAAGCGCAUCGAAGGCAGAUUCGAUGGGAGGAAGGGAAAAGCCACAGAAGCAGUGAACGGUGUGGCAGCUGUGCGGUCACAUCUUGUUCCCUGAGAGAGCUGCCGUUAGAGUGACCAGGACCCUGUCGCUUGUUAACAAGUACACGAAUGGAGACGGAGGGCGUUUUCUUCUAUGACCUUCUUCCCGGUACGUGAUAGCACUAGGAGGAAGUUCUGUGUGGCACACUUUGGGAGAGAAGUGUGAGCUGGCGUCUGUGGCCUUGGGCUGGUUGGGAAGUCUGGAUCUGGAAGCAGGUGUAGCCCGACGGGUCUUAGGAGCUGAGCUGGGAGGAGACCCCUGAAGGCCAGACGGCCCGGUACUUCUGACCCCCAGACAGGUGCUCUCGGAAGCAGGCUGCGCUCUGUGUUGUGGGCCAUUGUUGGCGAGGUGGUGAAGCAAAGAGACAUUUUGUGUCCAAUGGUAUUGUGGUUAUUAUUCUUUAUUUGAGAGAGAGAGAGCAAGGGAGAGAGGUGGGGGGAGGAGCAGAGAGAGAGGGAGACACAGCAUCCGAAGCAGGCUCCAGGCUCUGAGCUGUCAGUGCAGAGCCCGACAUGGGGCUUGAACUCACAACCUGUGAGAUCGUGACCUGAGCCGAAGUCGGACGCUCAACCGACUGAGCCCCCCAGGCGCCCCGGUGUUGCAGUUACAUUUACUCCUCCAGCGAUUAUAAUGCCCGCCUUUCCGAGUUCCUUCCGGGACUUCCCUCAUCAUGCGUGGUCCAUUCCAGUAACGCUCUCCAGCCCUGAGCCAACCUGCCUCCCUGUGGAAUGUGCCCCUCAUCUCUGCCCAGACCUCUGGAGUUGCCAGGUCUGCCCCUCCUGCCAGCCAGCUCUGUUGCUUCCGUGGGGGAACACAGUGCAGUUGCCACAACACGUCCUCAGCGUCUCCUGGAACCAUUAAACUGCCCCGUGGGGUAGGUCGCCCUGGUUCAUGUUUUACAAGUGAGGAAUCCAGCUCAUGAGGUUGGCGUGGUUACCCCAAGGCCAUCCUCCUGGUGGGAGCAGGGCCUCAGAAUUGGGACUUUUGCUGCAGACCUGCAGUGUAGACCCCACACUUCGAUAGGCCGCAGCUCUCCUGUACACCCUGUUGUUGGUGAGUUCGUUCAUAGACUCAACCGCAUCUGUAUUUGUUAGCACUUGCCGUGUGCACAGUGCCCUGCCGGGUGCCGGAGCCACAUCGGUGAGAGAGCCCCGGCCUCUGCUCUCCGAUCACACAGCCUGGAGGCCGUGACCAUAGCAUUGGACACGUACGCACGCCCUUCCACGUCAUCCUUGGCGGCUGGAGUAGACAGGCCUGCCUGAGGCCGGUGCGGGGGCCUUGCGGCCGGGGAGGUGGGUCGGGUGGCCGCAGAGGGUGAGCAGGCGGUCAGAGGGGGACGGGCACCGAGUGGGCCUUCCUGUGGUCGGGCCUGAGCAGCCGCCCCGCGCACGCCCAGGUGUGUGGAGGCGGGGCCUGGAAACUGGGCGUUUUUCUGCGGCUUCCACGCUGACAGAGCACCAGGCACUUUGACUCGAUCCUGGCUUGAAAGCAAAGCCCUGGUCCUUACCGGAGCUUUUGGCCCUGCCGAAAGCAUGAUACGCCUGUUUUUUUUUAAAUCCCUGACUUGAGAUUAUGCUUCCUUAUUCUUAAAAAAAAAAAAAAAAAAAAGAGCAAGAGAUGGGUGUUGCCCACAAGGGGCACCUGCAGGGGGCUCCCGGGGGGUUGGUGCGGGUGCAGUGUUAGAGGGGAGAACACGUGGUAGUGACCGGCCCUGCCAGCUCCCGAGUGCUCUUUCAGAGCCAUCCAUGUGCCCCCUCGGGAGAGCGGAGCGGCCACCCGCAGGUUCCGUCAUGCAUGAUGUUUUGUCUGGGACCCGGGACACUUGGAGUGCCGUGGGGGCGCCCGGCCAUGCUGCCCUCGUUGGUCUCGCGCAGUUCGUGAAGGACUUCCACGAUUCCCUUGAGUUCCUCCCGCACUGGCCCAGCUGGCUCCUCUGUUCCUGCUAUGCCGGGCCCCGGGGACUUGACACCGCCUUCUCGGGCAGCUGCCCCCACCCACUCUAUCCUUCAAGGUCAUUCUUCCUCUAAGACCCCACUUCCCAUGUAUGCAAGUGCACAGGCCCUCCUUUGCUAUAGAAAUUUGACUGUCCGUCCCUGUAAGACUGGGAACUCACAGAAUAGCAGAUCGGGGCAUGUUAAGGAAUUUGCAGAGUUUUUACGGUCGUGUCAUGGUCCCUGCUCGUGUUCUUGACUGUAGGGUAAGAGCCUGAGAGAAAGUGCUCCAUGGACCUGGCCCCGCGCACACAGCACUCACUAGGCUCUUCCCCGUCUCUGUGAUUUGGAGAGGCCAGCUUAGAUGCUGCCGUUGCUUUGACUCCGGGCCUGGCCACGUGUUCCCAGGGCCCCCUCUACCCUGGGCUUUCCACAUGUCAGUUUGGGACUGCGAGGGGCCAGUCUGCACCAAUACAGCCAAGUAGCUCCUGGGCCAUCCGGGACUGGGCGUAAAUUGUAUUUUGCAGCUCUACAAAGGAAAUAUAAUUAGCCAAUCAAGUAUGGGUAGGAGUGAAGGGCUGGGGCCUGAGAAUUUGCCUAACACAAAAGGCUUAGUCUGAUUUGACACGAAGGGCUGGAAACUGCCUUCCCCGAAGACAGAGAAGUAGAGGGUGGAAAAGGGGUCCACACGGUCCCCAGUGCUCCAGGGAAGAGGGGUCUCAGGGAGCUCAGAGCUCCCCAUCUGCAGUCACAUGAGCAUCGUGUCACUCCCAGGCGGUGACUAAGUGGAGGCAGAGGUGAGCAUUCUAGAUCCCUGGAGGUUGUCGGAGUUGGCCUUGGCAGCAACGGCGGUCUGUCACGAGCAGACUCUUUUGUAAACGCCUGAAGAAUUUUCAUAAUAAUCCAAGGGGACCCUCUGAUAAAGCCCUUUCUUUCCCUCUGUGUUUUUCAGUGGCGCCUGUCUCCAAAGUCAUUAAGUGUCAUUUCACUGGUAGGGUGAGCAAAACAAAAGCAGAUUAAGCUAGGUUUUAAAGCGCAGCUGUACAAAGGUACAGAAACAGAGGCCCGGAAAUGAGCUCCAGUAAUGGUGUUGGCACCCUCCCCACCCCCGCCACCCUCGGACAGGAGGCCCGGCUGGCUGCCACCACUCGCCUGCGUCCCCUGGAGUGCGUGUGGCCUUGUGCCAGGAGUGUGCCAGCCAUUGGCGGCCUCACCCCUGCGGCAGCAUGGGCGUGAGGUCAACUGCUUGCUCUCUGUCUCCCUGAGAGCCACAGCUGAGACCUGGUGUUUAUGGUGCUCCACCCACACUUCGGUGAGGUCAGAGUCCCCUGUGACUAUCUCCAAGUAGAGGUCACUGGUGACCCCCUCUGGUGAGGGCCCGUCCCAGGCUCCCGUCUUCUAGAAUCCAGUGGUGAGCGGUCCUUACGCGGACGGCCUGAGAGCUUCUCCCAGAUACACAUACAGCAGCCAGACCCAGGUCAGGUGGUGGUUUCCCCCUGCCAGCUGGCCAGGCGGGGUAAAGACAGAGAGGGAAGACCGUGCUUGGGCAGGUGGGUCCUAACUCCAAGGCAUCUGCUCUUUCCUCCCGAGUAGUAAAAGCUGUACCAUCGGGAUGGUUCUCCGGCUGUGGAGCGACACGAAAAUCCACCUUGACGGAGAUGGGUAAGGAGAUCUCUUUAAUUCUUCCACUGUGGACUUUGAAACACCAAGCUACUUUGGGCAUUGUUGGGUAAUCAUCCACAGGGUCACAUGUGUGAUGUGCUCAUUACAUCGGGAGAAACAGCAUGCCCCUUAGUGAGCCACACAAGGAAGGGGACGUUUUGGCGUUGCAUAAGGGCAUUUGGGUCACAAAGUAGCAACGGAAGGGUAUUUACAGGAGGUCCGCCGCGUGUGAAGUUCAAGAGCAGCAGGCAGCUGAUAUUCAUACGUUUACCUUGAUGUGUUAGAUGAAUACUCAGUACGUGCCCUCCAGGUGGAGCUGGUCUCUGUAAGUUUGUAGUUGGAAAGGACACAGCAGGAGCCCCAUGGUCUGUGGGGGUGCCGGGAAAGACAGACAGACAGCUGGCAGGCGGAGCAGCAUUUCAGGUGCCUCUCUGGGGGGCUGCAGAGGAGGAACCCUUCCGUUUGGCCUGGGCAGGUAAACAAGAGACGAAGAGCCAUCCGGGUCCCACAUACAUUUGCUUCCAAGGGAAAUACGCGGGUUCUGCCAUGAGUGGAAAGGAGCGGAGUAGAAGUUUAUCCCUCCACUGAGAUUCCAACGUGGGUUCAGCGUCAGCACAGCGGGACGGAUGCACGUCUUCAAGCCCGUGUCUGUCCAGGCCAUGUGGUCUGCCCUGCAGGUCCUUCACAAGGCCUGCGAAGUGGCACGGAGACACAACUACUUCCCCGGCGGCGUGGCUCUCAUCUGGGCCACCUACUAUGAGAGCUGCAUCAGCUCCGAUCAGAGCUGCAUCAACGAGUGGAACGCCAUGCAGGACCUGGAGUCCACGCGGCCCGACUCCCCGGCCCUAUUUGUGGACAAGCCAACUGAAGGGGAGAGGACCGAGCGCCUCAUCAAAGCCAAGCUCCGGAGCAUCAUGAUGAGCCAGGAUCUGGAAAACGUGACCUCAAAAGAAAUCCGUAAUGAAUUAGAGACGCAGAUGAACUGUAACUUGAAAGAAUUCAAGGAAUUCAUAGACAACGAGAUGCUCCUUAUCUUGGGACAGAUGGACAAACCCUCCCUCAUCUUCGACCAUCUUUAUCUCGGCUCUGAAUGGAAUGCGUCCAAUCUGGAGGAGCUGCAGGGCUCAGGUGUUGACUACAUUUUAAAUGUCACUAGAGAAAUAGAUAAUUUUUUCCCUGGCUUAUUUGCAUAUCAUAACAUCCGAGUCUACGACGAGGAAACAACAGACCUUCUUGCCCACUGGAACGAGGCGUACCAUUUUAUAAACAAAGCAAAGAGGAACCAUUCCAAGUGCCUGGUGCAUUGCAAGAUGGGUGUCAGCCGAUCCGCUUCCACGGUCAUAGCCUACGCGAUGAAGGAGUUUGGCUGGCCUCUGGAAAAAGCGUACAACUACGUGAAGCAAAAGCGCAGCAUUACACGCCCCAACGCGGGCUUUAUGAGGCAGCUGUCUGAGUAUGAAGGCAUCUUGGACGCGAGCAAACAACGACACAACAAGCUGUGGCGCCAGCAGGGCGACACCUGCCUCCAGCCGCCCAUGGAGGACCCCACAGGGUCUGGGGACUUCUUGCCGGAGACCCUGGACGGCACCCCAGAGGCCCAGCUGCCCUGCCUGGACGACGCUGCCCAGCCUGGGUUCCCAGACAGCAGGGCCCCAGGAGGAGCCGCCCUCCCCUGCUGCUUCCGGCGACUCUCAGACCCCCUCCUGCAUCCCCCCAGCGGCGAGACCCGCAGCGUGGUCCACCUGGAGGACCUGGAGAGGGACGCCCUCCUGGAGGAAGCAGCCGAGGCGACUGAGGCACACAGGCCGGCCGCACAUCCCCAGGAAGCUUCCGGACCCUGCGAGAAGGAGGUGAAGAAGAAGCUGGAGUUCGGGAGCCCCAAGGCCCGGAGUGGCUGGUCGCCCCAGGUGGAGGAGAUGGAAGGGGAGGAGGCCCCGGGAGCAGGGCGGUGGGGGCGGCCCCCGCCCCAGCUGGACCAAAGCCUGCUUAACCGGGAAAACCUGAACAACAACAACAGCAAGAGGAGCUGUCCGGAGGACUUCGAGCACGAUGCUAUAUUCGGGAUCCUUAACAAGGUGAAGCCUUCCUACAAAUCCUGUGCCGACUGCAUGUACCCUACAGCCAGCGGGGCUCCUGAGGCCUUCAGGGAGCGGGGCGAGAACCCCGGUGCCCCCGCCAUCUGUACCCAGCCGACCUUCCUGCCCCACCUCACAUCUUCCCCUGUGGCCUACACGUCCAGCAGGGCCCGAGCUUUAGAGAGACUGGCCUCUGGCCCAAGCGAAAGUCUCCCUUUCCUACCACCAGCAGGCUCGAGGAGGUCAGACGGUGGUGGCUCUGGGGCUGAAGCUGUCCCAGAGCUACCAGCUAGCCUUUCGGAACCUUCCAGAGAAACCCAAAGAGCCCUGCCAAAGUCCCUCCUUUUGAAGAACUCUCACUGUGAUAAGAACCCUCCAAGCAUGGAAGUGGCGAAGGAUGAAUCCCCACCCAAGAAAGAUCCGAAGCCAGCCAAGGACCUGCGGCUUCUGUUCAGUAAAGAAGCUGAGAAACCAACCACCAACAGCUACUUGAUGCAGCACCAGGAAUCCAUCAUUCAGCUGCAGAAGGCGGGCUUGGUCCGGAAGCACACCAAAGAACUGGAGAGGUUAAAGGGCACGCCCGCAGACCCGGCUUCUCCCUCCAGGGACGGCACGACCAGCAGGCUGGAGGCCAGCAUCCCCGAGGAGAACCCCGCUCCGCCGGGGCCCCUGCCGCUGCCUCGCCUCUCUGGGAGUGACGAGAAGUCAGAGGCCCUCCCCGCUCCACUUGAAGGAGCCCCACUCAAGAGUCCCACCCCCUUCCUCUGCCGCCUGGAUCACACCAGUCAUUUCUCAAAAGACUUCCUGAAGACGAUCUGCUACACCCCCACCUCCUCCUCCAUGAGCUCCAACCUGACCCGGAGCUCCAGCAGCGACAGCAUCCACAGCGUCCGAGGCAAGCCCGGGCUCGUGAAGCAGCGGACGCAGGAGAUCGAGACCCGUCUCCGGCUGGCGGGCCUCACCGUUUCCUCCCCGCUGAAACGCUCACACUCUCUGGCCAAGCUCGGAAGUCUCAACUUCUCGACAGAGGACCUGUCCGGUGAGGCGGACGCGUCCACCCUCGCCGACUCCCGGGACGCUAAGUUGGGCGAGUCUUCCUUCCCUUGUGAGCCCCGGGCAAACCCAAGGAACCCAGCUGCAGCCUCUCCGCCAUCAGGGAAACCCGCUUCAGAAAACUUGAGAAGCCCCUUGUGGCUGAGCAGGAGCUGACCCGCCUCUUGCUGCGUUUGGACGGACACCGUCACGUGAUCCCUCCGUGCGUUUCACCGGGGGUUUUGGUCAGCCCCUUGUAUCUUGAUUUCUCCUAAACAGUGGAUGCUCGGACUUUCCCCCUCUUGCCACAGAGAGGAGGGGAAGAGACAAAAAAUAACGUAGCCCAAGAAGAAAGGGGGAAGAAGCCAGCUGUGUGGCCCUGGAGAGCCAGAAGCCGUCGGCCAGUAGAUACAAAACCCUGAUCCCCAGGUCCUGUGGUUUCAGGAAGAAUCCUGUUUUAAAAAAGCAUAUACAGAUGUGCAGACACAUCGCAAGUACUCCCUUGGCACCGUGCGAGAGAACGGGAGCCGAGAUGGCUCCGUCGCCACGCGCACAUUCGUAGCUCAUUCGGGCCCUCGCGGGGAAACCCUUGGAUGGCAAUAUUAAGUCCUACCUCUGUUCUUGCUGUGCUUUUUGUUUUUAAGAUACAACAGUGACCCAGGCUCGUUCCAGGGGAUGAUGCUGUGUCAGAAAAGGUUUUUUCCAAAAGAGAGUUUUUUCUUUGGUCCCCACCAAAAAAAAAAAAAAAACCACCCCAAAAAGCGUUAAGACUUUUAAGUCGACCACACCAAGCGCCGCUAGGUAAAGUGAACACGAAGUCGUCCAGUGACGUUGCUGAAACCAACUCUAUGGCGCGUGGAGAUCAUCCGUACGGUUGACUUCUUUGUCCUGGUUGUGUUGUUACGGCUGAGUGAUGCGCGUCUGGUCAGCGCCGGGGCGAGGGGCACGGGGGCGGGAACGUACGUGACGUCCUUGGUCGUUGCCAAUGGCAAAGUUUAAACUGCCCCCAACCUGGGAAGGAGGACCCACGACGCACUGCGGGUCCCUCAUCCGCUGCUGGACCCGGUGCGGUUGUGUUGAGGCUUUGGAAGUGAUUGGGCGUCUGGUGGGGACGGUGGUGCUGCCACUUGGAUCGAUCGUCCUGCCAGGAGCCCCGGCCCUCGGGUUCCUUGGGUCACAGGAGCGUGUUUGGGGAGGCAGAGGGGGUCUCCCUCCUGGGGAGCGACUCUGCAGCAGCUUCUCAGAGAAACGAGAUGAUGGAAAAGCUUCCCAGAUGUUUACAGCUGCCCCUUCCUUAGGUGAGGACACUGCUUCCUGUUUCUCUCUGGCUCUUCCUCGCGGUGAGGCCAGAGCGGAGGAGAGGUCUGUAGUCCUGGCCUGGGCUCCAGGUAGCCCCCUUUCAGAAUCCAGUGAGCUGCACACGUCAUGCUGUCACUGGUUCCGGGCUGGGGGGGCGGUGGCGGUGGGGGAGGGGCUCCGCAGGUGUUGUGCGGAGCCCCUGUUAAAAUAUUUUGGAGAGAGAGAAAAGAGGCUCGGUGGGUAAGGCAGAAAGGUUUCAUCCAAGGAGGCAGAAAACUGGUGUACGGACCCAUGGGCCAAGAACAUUUUUAAGAGGUUACAAAAAAAAUAACAAUAUGCAACAGGUGCCAGGUAGCCAGCGAAGCUUAAGAUACUCACCCUCCAGCCCUUUAUAAAGUUUGCGGACCCUGGGCUUUAUUCGACACCUCGAGGCUCCAGAACAAAACUGGCGAAUCUGAAGGCCCUCCCUGCCUCUUGGACACCUCAAGCCAAACCCUUGCCUUCUCCCGACCCAGACCUUGCCAGCACCCCCCCCCAUCCCCCCACCCCCACCCCUCGCGGCUCUCACGCAGGGUAGGGUCGCUGUGUAGGUGUGAGGGCGCUGCUGGUCGAAGCUUUCCCGGAGUAUAGCUGGCUCUCCGCCGGCGGCCAGAUUGGUUCAGUGAAACUACGAGCCUCCCGGGCCCAGCCAAGCUCCGAAAGUGGGCGAAGGAGUCGCCGUCUUACGUUUUACGUUGGUCAGACCUGGGCCCCCCGAGAGCACUCCGGGAAGGAUCUUCAGGAACAAGAGUGAUCCACAUUCCAACUAGCGGGUAGAGUCUGUGCAAAAAUGCUCUCUCCAGGAACUUUUCCUCUCUGGCAUUCUUUUUUAUUUUUAUUUUUUUAUCAUUUUUUUUUCUAACAUUACGUUACUUUAUAGGAAUUUAUUUUCCCACCUGUCAAUCCAAACCACCUUAAAAGGUGAUUAUCUGCUUCUUCCUGAAAACCCUUUUGGGUACCCCGCCCCCCCCCCCACUCCCGCCACCGCCCUGGCCAAAAGAAACAUAUUCUCAAAAAACAUACCAAGUUCAAUACAUUUUGCCAAAUUAAAUUUCAUGUGGUGGCUCAAUUUUUGUGUCAAAAUAAUCCUUUAGGUUUGACGCUGACAGGCUUGGGUUGCCCUUUUAAGACCAGGUCUGUGUGUGAGAACCGGAUGUUUUUAAUUUUCAAAGUGUAGGAGGAGGAUUAGGAAUUUGAGUGAGUCUUUGGCUUCCGGUUGCCCAUUUGUCUUCAGAAGCACGGCUCGCCUUUCAGCGUCUACACAGACCAGGGCCCAGGUCCCCAUUAUCAGAGCAAAAUGAAGCCCUCUUGAUUUAAUGGCUACCACUCUGGCCUGGAGGAAAGGAUCAAAGCUUUUCUCCCAGACCCAGAGGAGCAAGAACACCUCGCCAGGCUUGGGGGCACCCUGGCAAAGACAGGCUCACGCUGGCCCCUGGAAGAGGAAGUUUGUGCCACACGACAUGCCGUGUCUGGACCGAUGCCCCGUCGCGUCUUCCUUGCUGAUGGCGAGAAUUCUGAACAUGGGUGGCACAAGUUAGAGGCGGGGUCUUUGCUGUGAAAGUCGUUGGUUUUGGUGACCACCCUCUUCGGAGAACGCCCUUGCUGAAACAGAGAGCAAAAGUUUCCUAAGUCAGCUUGAUGAUCUCCCUGAGCCUUGAACCGCUUUUCACGUACUGUCUCGCCUCUCUCUCUUUCGCUUUAAUUCCUGUGGCAUGCCAGAAGUUAGACUCAACUUCCCCAGAUGUUCAUCUUGCAUUGAUUCGGGGCGGGGAGGGUCUUCUUGUGAAGCUUUAAGUUUUCGGGGGAAACUGGUCACGGAGAGAGAAACCACAGGACCCCCUGGUCAUGAUCUGACAAUGUCGAUUUCAGUUUCUUGGCCGGGUAGCGACUGCAGGGCCUUGGAGCGAUGUCCAUCACCGCGUGAACUUGAGAACAAAGUUGCCCACUCUUGGCAUUCCCUGCUGCUUUGAUCUCACGGUGUGGGGACCCAUGCCGAGCUCUGGGUGCCCAACAGUAGGCUCCUGGGUAGUGGGUAGCGGUACCCUGUCCGUCAUGCAUGAGAUCGCUCACUAGCUGCUCACAGAUGGCUGCACUGUGCCAGCCUCUUCUGUUCCCCUCCACACCUCUCGCCAAAAACCAUUCCAGCCCCUUCUAGAGCCUUUUCCCUCCCGGAUAAGCCCAGAGGAUGCCACAGAAUUAACCUCUUCAGGACAGCCCUGGACUUAGGCACCUGUCUCUCCACACGGCCAGAUCCCAGAAGGUUCAUGACUCGCCCUGCUCCCCUGGGACCAUUUCUCCCCAGUGAGAAGAAAUGCUACAUCGUCAAGGUCAUAGAAGUAACCUUACCCAAGGUGUCUGAAGAGAGACGUGCCCUCUGUUGACAGGAAAUGCCCGGUGCUGGAAUACAUUUCACCCAGCGCUCCUCUGGCUUGCCGCAGACACAGCGAGGGCAGGAGCACUAGGCAGGCUAAGGAGUUUGUGACACAGCAUGGUGCAGGUUCACCUGCUCUGCUCCCACCCCGCAGGUUCUUGCCGAUGCUGCAUGCCAAACACAGGUAGUUGAUCGACCCCCACGCUCAGCUACUUGGUCUUACUGUGUGCGUUCCGUAACUGAAUCCCCGUGUGUAGGAGUUCAUGCCGCAUCGAUAGAUCUACAGCUUGAAUCACAUCAUCCUGUGGGCCACUUCUGUCCCACCCACAUCCACGCCGUGCCCCCCGAGUCCGAAGCGGACCACCUUGACCCAUCUGGAGUGGGGCUGUGCAGCGGUCCCCACAGCAGACCUGGACGUGACCACCUUUUGUCUUGCAGCCGGUGCCCUGGCCUCAGUCAGUCUCUUAAAUAGGAGUCUUUAUAACCAGCCCUCCAGCCCUCCGCGGUCCUUUGUGUUGGCCAUGCCACACAAGAAGGUGGCUGCUUCCUCCCCCCUCUUCCGACACUGUAAUUGUUGUUUUACAAUUGAGUGCCUUAAUAAUAGUUUACGAAUACUGUGUAUUUAUGGGAAACUGUUAAGCUCUCACCUGUGAUUGGACCUUUGCCUUGUCGGUGGUGGUUGGCGUGCGGGCCGGAGCUCGCCCUGCCCCACGCAUGCGCUCAUCUGCUGCGCGGUCGUGCGUGGGGUGGGGGUGGGGGGACCUGCAGGCGAGGCAGGCGCUGGCUCACGCCGCGCCCCACAGUUGCAAGGAAAGCACGGAAUUUGGUUUGCUAGCCAGCUGGGGGGUGGCAUCCCGCCCCGUCACACGAUUGUACUCUUGUCUCAUAGAGAUCUCUUACCACCGAGGCCACCCUGUCUCCCCACCCCCACCCCCCCUCCCCACCCCCGUGCCAGUGUCCUGAGCUCGCUGCAACAAAACGCAGGUGCAGGCACCACCCCCUGCAAAAUCAGGAACUCUACAAGAUAAGUUCUUUGGUUUUCAGAAGCUGCCACUGGGUUCCAGCGUGUUGCGUUACAGUAUCGACGAUUUUUUUUUUUUAUUAUAUUGUUUUUCUUCUUGUUUUUUUAUAUAUAUAUAUAUUUAAAAGGCAGUAUCUUUUGUACUGUGAAUUUGCAGUAGAAGAUGCAUAACGCACUUUUUCUUCUGUUGGUGCGUACUGUAAUAGUUCGUGUGCUUCUCGUGAUGAGAAUAAACUUUUUCUUUAUACGUG